AUGAAACCUUCAAUCUCUGUGGGCCCCCCCUCUGGCCUGCUGCUGUUCCUGAUGUGCUGCCCCCUGCUGGGUUUGGUCCAGUCCGCCAGCAGCAACAAGGCUGGGGAUAACGCACACCCGCACCUCGGAGACACUGACCCGGAGCGCUGCAUGAGGCACCACUUCGUAGAGACCAUCACACACCCCAUCUAUAAGUGCAACUCCAAGAUGGUGUUGCUGGCGCGCUGUGAAGGCCACUGCAGCCACACGACCCGCUCUGACCCCCUCAUCUCCUUCAGCUCGGUGCUCAAACAGCCGUUCAAAAGCACCUGCUCCUGCUGCCGGCCGCACACAUCCAAGCUGAAGGCGGUGAGGCUGCGCUGCGCCGGCGGGACGCGCAUUACAGCCACGUACAGAUACAUCUUGGCCUGCAACUGUGAGGAGUGCAGCUGAGCGGGGAGCAGCACCCUCCCACACCCACGAGACUUUCAAGACACGGCAUCUUCUCAGCCCGAAGGACAGCAGCUCGAGAUGCUUGUUGCUAUCUUGGGAGCGAUCAUUUUCAACAAUCCUACCACCCUCUCAACGGCCUUAAACCUGACCUGCAGCACUUGGGAUUCCGACAGAACAUACUAUAUACCCUAUCCGCUCUCAGUUGUCCCACCAGGCAUGGCUUCACUGUGUGUGUGCAUUCAAUCUAUACAAACCAUAUGAAGCAUUCUUUCUGCAGCACACAAGGCCAGACACCACAAAUUUCUGCUCCCAUGGGCCAGUCGGAGACCCUCCUCAAUGCGGAGGCUCAUUACAGGCCUCGGUAAUUCAUAACACACACGCUCAUGAACCGCAGAAUGAGAGCUCAUUACAAAUGUCUGUAACAGCUUUCUGCCAGCUCCAUAAAAACCCCACCAUGCAUUUGACAACAAAACAACAUGGCUCGUUAAAAAGCAGCAUGGGAAAGGAUGAGGCCCAAUGAGGAUGAGACAUGUGGUGGAUCUAUAGAGGAGCACCUGCGUCGUGUUUCUCCGGUGCGCUUAUUCACCCAGUAUAUUUUACACACUCCCUGCAGACUUUCAUCACGCUGUGUAAAACAUGACCAAUGCUGACAGGAGAGCUCAUCAGGUGAGCAAUAAAAAAAAAAA